UGACGUCAGCUGGAUGUGAAAGCUUUUCUCCCCACUCCAGCGUCCAGCUGACGCAUUCACUUAUCUGCUCCACACCAGGAAUUUGAGGUACAGACCGGCCGUCGCGGCCCAUGGGUCAGCCCUCUCCCUGAGACUCACCUCCUGCCGUGAUGUCUCCCUCCAGGCCUACUGCUCCUCUCCUCCACCUGCUGCUCUGUGCGCUGAUGGCCGACCUGCGUUUGGCUUACAUCACGCACGGCAACUUCAUCUACUUCUCCAGGAGCCAGGACUCUCAGCCGUGCAGCACGUCUUCAAUUUCCGACUGCAGAUGCAAGAACUUCCAGCUGUCCAGCGCCCACAGGCCCCUCUCUCACUCCACUCCCGCUUUCCAGGGGAAACAUUUGACUGUGUGGUUCUCGUCUCCCGCCACCGUGAUGCGUCUGCUGAACAACUCGGAGGUGAGGCACCUCACGCUCAUCCACUGCGGACCUCCCGGGGAGCCCCGGGGGGCGGCCUCGUUCUCUCAGGAGGGUUACUUUGCGGUGCAGCGCUUGGAGAGGCUGACGGUGGUGAACGUGCCCGAGAGGCCAUUUCACCCCUGCACCGACGCCAACUGCGCCAAGAGAACAAACGCUAACCAAGACAGAGACAACAGCUUUGCAUUUGACUCAAACAAGUCCAACAAGGACAGAAACACCAACAUGGACCUCGUUGCUGAGGCGAUGAGAAGCUCUUUGAGACCGUCCUCGCCUCAGAUCCAGGACAUCUUCCUGGGCCGGGAGCGUGGAGCGGCGCAUCACGAGCAGGCCCGACUGGGAAUCAUCCACAGCUCUGUGCUGGACUGGGGAGCAGAGAUCAAAACGUACACGGUGCUAACACACAUAGACAGUGACGGGACGCUGCCUUUCCCUGACCUUCACCUGGCAAAAUUACCAGAGGCGUCGGUCAUCUAUGUCAGCUUUGUGUACUGACAAAAGACUUACUAUGAACCACCGAUAACACAACACAGGCCUCUGUUUGGACCUACACCUUGAAUAUUGUCCUUGGGUCAAUGAAAUUUGAUAUAAAACGGUUGUUGGUUUACAUAUUGCUCUGUGUUUUUAGGCUCUCUAAUUCACAGGUGUCUGGCAUACGAUAAUUCAAUACAUCACCAUUCUUAAAGUUUCCAUUCAAACAAGUUCAACAACAAACCUUCUAGAUCCUAGUUUGUUAUAAAAAAAUGUUACCUAGUUUGGUAGACACAAACCUUUUCCGCACCAAGAAAUUUUGAAAAUGACUGUCUUAAAUUUAGGUCAAGUUAUCACGUGUGAGAGAAAAAUUCCCCUUUUCCAAAACAUUGUUCUUCUUGUUGUUUUUAAAGUUGAUUAGAUUGUCUUAAUUGACAGUCCAACCCUUUCUGUUUCUCUGGAAAAGGAGCUAUAACUUUUGUUAUAUCUUAUGAUAAGAGUACUCCAUCACAGAGAGGCGUCUUUGGGACACCAAGUCUCCAUAUUAACCAACAAAUAAUAUUUAUUUGCAGUUUAUUAAGAAAAAAACCCAUCAGGAAUCUUGUUCUGUCUCCUUACCACAAUUGAAGUUUGAACGCAGCUAAAAGCUACAGGACCUGAUCUGUGUGUGAGGCAUUUCAGUGACAAACAACCUGCGUGCUUUUUGUGGGAAAUCAAGCAUUAAGAUGUGGAAAGGCACCUGAUGCUCAUUGUUGAGUACGGUGGAGGAUGUGUAAUGCUUUAGUCAUGGUUUCUUCCAAAGGACAUGAAAAACAUUUUAGAGAACAUGAUAUCGCAAACUCUUACAAAUACCAGGACAUGUAAAGAAAAAGAAAAAAUCCCCGCUUAAUUGUGAAUUACAAACCAGAUCAAGUUUCUUUUAUGGCCACCUGACUACCCAAAGAAAACAGGCUGGAUGAGCUGAAGAGAAUUGGCACAGGAUGAACUCAGACUUGGGUAAAAAUUACAUCAAACUCAAACAGAGAUAACAACCUGACAGAAACUACUUUUUCUUGAGUGAGAUUCUUCAACUGUAGCCAAAGAUAAACACGUCUUAAAGGUUGCUACACAUUUGCACAAGGGUGCCAACAAUUGGGUCACAUUGUAACAAUGGUUGUGUGAUUUCUUCUCGCUUUGCUAUCAAAGCCUUAAACUUUUCACAGACCACCAAAGCAUGCUCACAAUGCAAACAAUGAAGAGCACGCAGAGCUCAGCACACCAGCACAUCAUGUGUCCUUUGUUUCCAGCUGCUGUUUAUGCUGAUCUGAUCUUUCAACGUUUGUGUUGUGAGGUUUCAGUGUAAAGUGCUGCACAGAUGCAGCUUCCUGUUUAUUUGGGCCCCUUGACAAUAGCUGGCAGCGUCAUGGUCCUGCACUUGAUCAAUGUCUAGGUUUAGCACCCUUUGCAGAGAAACAAAUGGAGAAGUCCAAACGAAAGAGGGCAGUCAGGAGAUUUUGUUGCAACAUAAACAUUUCCCAGUUCAUCUUUUAUGUUUUAGUCCUGACCUCUGCUUCCUUCUUUCUCGUCAGAGGUUCGAGGUUUGUUUACAGUGAAGUGAGUCAAAAUGUACUUCAGAGUCUGAGCCACAAGGUGGCAGCAGAGAUAUUUGAGUAAAUUACAGCGACGAUGAAGAACAGAGGACUGAGAGAGAAAAUGUUUUUCUUUUCUUGUUUACAGUUGAUAUAAACCUGAAAUUUAACUCGAGUUGCUAUCGAUGAUAAAGGGUCCUGUAAAUUUAUUUGUUGUGUUGCUAUGGAAACGUAUUAACAGUCCGUCAUCAGAAUUUAUUUAAUUUCAUAAGCAAAAAAUAAAUGAUCUGUGUAACAUUA